AUGGACGCCCUUUGUUAUGGGUUCACAAAACAAGACUUAUGCAUUUUAGCAUUCGAGUUCGCAAAUCGAAAUAAUUUGCCACAUCAUUCUCGUAAUGGAACAGCUGGCGAGCAAUGGUACUCAAAUUUUAUGAGACGACAACCCGAAUUAAGGCUUAGAACUCCAGAACCUACAAGCAUUGCCCGGGCUUGUGGAUUUAACAGGCCACAAGUGCAAUUAUUUUUUGAUAAUUUAAAUAACCCUCGUAAAAAAUCUUUAUUUGAUGUGGACAAUAUAUACAACGUGGACGAGACCGGCAUUCAAACGUCUGCAAAGAGGCCACCAGAAGUUAUUUCUUUUAAGGGAAAAAAACAAGUCUCAAUUUCAUCGACCGAGAGGGGGCAGCUGGUAACCGCCGUAUGUUGCUCUUCUGCUUCUGGAAAAUUUAUCCUUCCAGCCCUCAUAUUUCCUCGGAAGAAGAGAAAUUCAAGAUUUUUGAAUGGCACACCACCUGGAACUGUAGAUUUUGUAAGCGACAAUGGUUGGAUAAAUAAUGAGAUCUUCUUAGAAUGGAUGAAAUUCUUUAUAAAAUCUGUUAGACCAUCUUCAGCACAUAAAUGUUUACUCAUAUUAGACAAUCAUAUUUCACACCGAUCUUUGGAUGUGUUGGAAUAUGCUUCUGAAAAGAACGUAGUAAUCCUUUCUGUUCCUCCACAUACCACGCAUAAAUUACAGCCGCUUGGUGUUGCGGUAUAUGGACCCAUCGGGAAAUAUUUUGAAAGAGAGGUUGAUAAAUGGUAA